UCUUAUAAUAAAAGAAAUUAAAUAAAUAAACUAAAUAUAAUAAAAAUAAAUUUAUUAAUAUAAUAAUUGGUUUAUAAAAGUUUCCAACGACGUAUUUUUCCAUUAGUAUAAUUAAUGAAUGGUAUUUGUUAAUUAAGAUGACAAAAAUAUCCUUUCUAUAUUCACCAAGAAGGCUGUAAAUUUUGAAUUAAGUAUCUUGUCAAUUCUUAUGGAGAAAUUCUUUAUAUUAGGGCUAAGAUAUUAUCCUUAUCUAAAACGCCAAGGAGACCCUCUAUCUUCUCUGUUGUUCGCCAUAUGCACAGAGGGUUUUUCCGCUAUGAUAAAUCAGGCUGUAACCAUGGGCUUUUUGGAAGGAGUCAGAAUCUGUCAGAACUGUCCAAUGAUUUCUCACCUCUUCUUCGCUGACGACUCUUACCUUUUCGUGCAAGCUUCCCGCACCUCUUGCUCGAAUUUAUUAUCCUUGUUCCAGGAAUAUGAACGACUCAAUGGUCAGAAAGUUAAUCUUUCCAAACCGGCAGUAUUAUUCAGUAGAAAUACUAAGAAUGAAGAUGCAAGCCUCAUGGGAUUGCAGUUGGGAGUAGGGGCCAUAUGAGAACAAGAUUCCUAUCUAGGCCUUCCCUCUCUAAUACCAAGAACCAAGAAGGAUAUGUUCCUUUAUAUUGAGGAAAAGAUGGGCAAGAAAUUGCAAGGUUGGAAACAACGUACCCUGUCCAAAGCAGCUAAGGACACUCUAAUCAGGUCCUCUGCAACUAAUAUACCAGUUCAUAGUAUGUCGUGCUUUAAAUUCCCAGUUGAUACUUGUAGGCGUUUAAAUGGCCUUUUGGCAAGGUUUUGGUGGAGCUCUGCUACUAAUUUUGACCAUCCAAUACACUAGGUAUCAUGGAAAGGUCUUGCCCAAAGUAAAUUUCAUGGAGGGCUAGGCUUCAGCGAUUUUAGAGCUUUCAACCAAGCUCUUUUAGCCAAGCUAUGUUGGCGUAUUUGGACAAACCCCGACUCGCUCAUUAGCCAAUUGUAUAAAGGAAGAUAUUUCAAUGGAAAUACGAUUUUGAAAGCCUCCAUUGGCUCUAAUCCAUCUUGGGGUUGGAGAAGUAUUCUUUAUGGGCGAGAGCUCCUCUUGCAAGGCUUACGAUGGCAAGUAGGCGAUGGAAACGACAUAGAAGCCUUCAAAGACAAUUGGUUAUUAGCUGAUAAACCAUGCCCUCCUGAGCUUAGGCAGCAAGAGGAUAAUAACAAUCUAAGGGUGUCCUUCUUCAUCAGAGAAGGCCAAAGGGAAUGGCAUAUCCCUAGAUUAAAGCACUGGUUCAAAGAAAAUUCAGUUGAUCUCAUUCGAAAUAUGGUAGUUCCCAUACUACCACAGCAAGACAAGUUAAUUUGGCAUUUUACCAAAAAUGGAUCUUAUUCGGUAAAAACAGGAUAUCAUCUAGCUUUGGAUAAUAUCUUAAAGCUUAGUCAAAACUCAAUGGCUUCCAUCAUUGAUCCUCCUAUUUGGAAAGAAACGUGGGUACUUGACGUCCCACCAAAGCUCAAGUUCUUUAUUUGGCAAUGUUUGAAAGUUAUAUUACCAACUAUGACAGCUCUUAGGUCCCGAGGAAUAAUCUGUCAAGUUCGUUGUCCAGUUUGUUGGGAUAGUCAAGAGAAUAUUGAACACCUCUUUUUCCAUUGUCCUCUUGCUUUACACCUCUGGAAUAUGGUGGGACUAAGAAGUCUACUUCUUUCCGCCCCAACUGAAAAUUUUGGAAUCUGGUGGCGACAUGUUAUGAACUUGGAAAGCUUCCAAAUCCACUAUCUCCACUGCAUUUGCCUUCUUUGGAGAAUUUGGAAAUCUAGAAACAAAGUGGUUUUUGAAUUCACUCAACCACUAGCCAGUUCGCUUGCCCGUCAGUUUUUCUUCCAAGUCCAAGAAUAUUCCUCAGUUUCCCCCCAUCCCCAGUUACUCUCUCCCCGCCUCCAGUCCUCUCGUCUCUCCAGUUGGGUUGGUCCUCCUGAAGGUUUUAUCAAGAUCAACUUCGAUGCCGCUCUUCAUGUCCAGGGUAGCUCGUUAGGCCUCGUCGUUCGAGAAACGGAUGGGCAAGUCUUUUUGGCUUUGGGUUUCCACCAUCCAGGGAUUUCGAAUCCUUAUCUUGCAGAGCUGCUAGCCGCCAGGGAUGCCAUAUCUGUGGUGCUUUCUCGCAGUAUUCCCCGCGCCAUCAUUGAAGGUGAUUCAGAAGUGGUUGUCCGGCAACUUGAUGGUAGAUGCUGUGAAGACUCGGUGGGAGGGCCCUUACUUCGUGAUUGUUGUCAGUUGUUGAGAUCCUCUUCUUCUUGUAUUCUGGGCUGCCUAUAGAGUGGCAAGACAAGCCCUGCUGCUGUCCCCUGUAGAGAUAGCGUCCUUCGAUUUUGUAGGGUGGCUCCAUUAAUUGUCUUUUUGGGUUUUUGGGUAGAGGAUUUAACUAUUGUUUUUUAUAUUACUUGGAAAAAAAAACUAAUAGUUACCAUUACGUGAAACCCACAUUUUUUGCAAAUUGGAGUUUGGAUUAAUAUUUUUCUUUGCUUUAAAACAGUUACAAUUUUAAUAUAUGGAUUUCUUUUAAUGUGCUUGAAUGAGAAGAUGGUCAAGUAAUAAAUUAAGGCCAAGCCA